AUGCAGUCUCAACCAAGGAUCGCCAUUGUUGGCGGAGGUCCUGCUGGGCUGACACUGGGUGCCUUGCUCCACAAGCGUCGUAUCCCAUUCACCAUCUUCGAGCUUCGUCAGAAACCCACCGAGGAACAGCUCGCUCAGCCAUCCGGGAUGCUUGACCUUCACGACGAAUCUGGGCUUGCAGCUAUCAGGGAAUGUGGUUUGUACGAUAAGUUCGUACCGCUCGUCGGAGAGUGUAGCGAAGACUUCAUUGUUUCCGACAAGAAUGGAAACAUCCUCCACACGCAUAAAGGGGAUGGUGCACGUCCUGAAAUCUCCCGGAACAAUCUAAACAAGCUUCUACUUGAUAACGUUCCAGCAGAUAGCAUCAGUUGGGGUCAGAAGCUUAUCUCUGCUACAAAGCCAUCCAACUCCAGUACCGAAACUCUUCUCGAUUUUGGCGCCCACGGCCAGCACAAGUUCGAUUUGGUGGUUGGUGCGGACGGCGCGUGGUCUAGAGUUCGCAAUCUACUUACGGAUACGAAGCCACAAUAUACUGGGAUGCAGAUCAUCACAGUCACAAUUAGGGAGAUCACUAAAAAAUACCCGCAUCUGGCCGCCCUUGUCGGGUCUGGAACCUUCAGCUCCCUCGGAAAUAAACACGCUGUCAUGUCGCAGCGCGGACCUAUCGACUCGUCCAGGAUCUACCUAUGGCUCUCACACCUAGACGAAGAUUUUGCAAGAACCUCCGGCCUGGCUGAUAAGGCGGCUACAAGUGCUAAAGACAAGCUUCUAACAGACAAUGCGCUGCUUGGCAACUUUGGAAGCCCCAUAAAGGAGCUGGUAUCCACCGCCUGCGAGGAGGAAGCAGCAGACCAUCCGGGUGAGAGCCUGGAUAUCAGAGGGCUCUACACACUUCCUUAUGGAACCUCCUGGGAGCACAAGCCUGGCGUAACACUUGUCGGUGAUGCAGCCCACUUGAUGUUGCCAAACGGAGAGGGCGUCAACCAGGGCAUGCUUGACUCGCUUUUGUUAUCCCAAGCCAUUAUCAAAGCCUAUGAGACGGCCGGGAAGGGCCCCGAUUCAUUCCAAAAUACGAUUGAUCCGCUAUUGAAAGAGUUUGAAACUGCUUUAGUGGAACGCGCAAAGGAAACGGGCAAUGAGACGGAAGCUUUGAUUAAGACCAUGCUUGGGAGCGACGACGCAGCACACAAUCUUGCCGGUUUUUUCAAAAGCAUUACGCAGCAGCAGCCGGAGAAUUAG